UGCAGGUGAAAGCACGGGUCUGAAGAACGUGGCCCACGCGCUGGGUCACGCCAAGGAACGGCAGCAUCUAGCGGAAGGCGCUCGUCGAAGCAAAGGGAUUUUCAAACUUCGUCCCGAAUGAACAAGUGCCUGUGGAGAACAGGGUAGUGUCCAACUUCCAACAUGCCAGAAGAGGAGGACGACGAUGAUGCCAAGAAGAAAAAGGGAAAGAAAGGAUCCAAAGGCAAGAAAGGAUCCAAAGGCAAGAAAGGAUCCAAGGGCAAAAAGGGAUCCAAGGGCAAGAAAUGUUCCAAGGGCAAGAAAGGCUCCAAGAGCAAGAAAGGAUCCAAGAAAGGAUCAAAAGGCAAGAAAAAGAAGGGAAGCAAGUCCAAGGAGAAAAAAGGCAAAUCAAAAGACAAAUCAAAAGAUAAGGCUUCAAAGGAACCAUCAAAAGAUGCAUCUUCCAAGGGCGAGCAGUCAACUCCUUCCCCACAAGCUCCGGUUCCAGCUUCGGCCGCAGCGACGACAAAGGCACCGACGACAAAGGCACCGUUGGUUCCCGAUGUUACUCUGGAGUGGUCCCGAAAGUUCCCACAGGAGCGCCGCUUCUAUGAAGAAGGGUACCCGCCCCCACCUGCUGGAUACUAUCCCGACGAAGUAAUGGGCGACCAGGACCGGUAUUACGUGGACGUACAGUACUACGAGUCUGCUCCCGACGGCUACUAUGACUACGCUGGCCAGAUGCCGCCACCAGAACCAGUGACCCACAUCAGGGUGUCUUCGCCGUCCUUUCACUCGCAGGUCAACGUGGCCGCGGGGGACGUCCAAAGCGUUAUGUCGUCUACGGAGCGACAUUACUACGACGUAGAGGAGAGGCGAGAACGCAAAAAGAGAUCGGACGUGGAAGCUGCUGCUGUCGCACCGCUGACGGCGGCACCACCAGGGGGCGUCCCGCAACUAGGUGCAGCUCCUCCUGUGCCCGUCUUCCUCGCGGCAUCUGGCCCACCUCCUGCGGGCCCUCCGGUUCCACCUCUACCACUGGAGCGAAGCCACGAAGAAAUGUCAUCCAUUGAGCGAGACAUGAGGAAGAUGUAUCAUGAUCGUUACCCCAGCGAAGACACCACGUUGACAUUGUUCCCAGAGAGAUCGUUAAUAAUCAUUUUGAUCAUCAUCUUCAUCUUUGUCGUUAUCGUCGUAAUUAUAUCGGUAACUGGAUCUACAUUCCCAGCUGACAAGACAACUCACAUCCCAGGCCACGGAACAGGAACAGGUACCGGAGGCACAGGCACUGGCGGAGCAGGGGGAAAAACGACAGAAACUGACGAAAUACCAACGGGGCCGCCGACUGGGCCGGGAUGGCCAACCCCAGGACCAGGACCAGGACCUGGACCUCCAGGACCUCCAGGACCUCCUGGACCACCUGGGCCUGUACCGCCUGGUCCUUCAGGACCAGAUUAUUACAUCUGUAAUACCGAAUACUGUGCUAAUGAAGGAAGGUUUCUAACCGAAAUCCUCAAUAGACAAGUGAAUCCCUGCAACGACUUCUAUGACCACGUCUGCACAGCAUUCCAGAAGGAUCAUACAGUCUCUGCAGGUCUCAGACCAGACCACGUGACACCAGACACCCUCUUCUACGAGCAGUUGGAGAACGCGAUAUACCAAAGCAUUACUGAUACAUCUUUGCAGGGCACGGACAAGUUGUACGAACUCUACAAUCAAUGCAGAGAUGAGAGUUCAUCAACUGCGCACGGAUAUUCUUCGUGGAAGACUGUUCUACAGGAGUGUGAACUCAGCGGCUGGCCUUUCACGGCACCCGCGGGCACGCAGAUAUGGACAGCUGCAGGAAAAACUUCCCGCCUUCUAAAUAUCCACGCUCUCGUCAAGGUCACCAUCGAGCCGGACCCAGAAGAAGUUGACAAAUUCAUCAUCGCGAUAGACGAGCCUGAUGUACUCCUGCGAAAGAGCGAUGUGUACCGCAAUCAACAAGUGAACUACUUUGAUGAUGCAGUCCAGAAGGCCCUUGAAGUCGGGGGCACCGUUUCGGGCAGAGGCAACCUGAAUGCCCAGGCGCCCAGUAUCACCAUCUUCGCGAAAGAGAUCGUCAACGCGCUCAGUCGACCCGCAGACACUGCCAAAGGUACCACACGGUUCAAGAUAACGCAGCUGCAACUGCUCCCCGCGGAUUACAAAACUCUCUUGGACAUUGUCUUCAACAACUUGGCUGGCACCACGAGGAUACUGAUCAAGUCCCCAGCUUACAUUACAAAUCUGCCUUCUCUUCUACAACGUCAACAAGCGUUCGUUGUGCUCAACUACAUCGGAUUUUGGGCGAUGGUAGAGGCCUCUGUAUAUCUGCCAACUGAACUAAAACCACUACGCGUGUUGUGGUACCAGCAUGCCACUGGUGCGUACAGGCCAAGCUUGGACCGAUGGAGGGCGUGCUUGCACAGCAUCGACAAUCUCAUACCUCUCUACCUGUUAAACGUUUAUUCCCAACACAUCAACAAGUCUCACUUCAAGGAAGUCAUUGCUAGAAUGUCCACCGACAAGAUAUCCCGAGUAUUCAUCGAAAAUAUUCGGAACGCGACGUGGAUGGACAGUUUUACCAGGUAUAUCGCCGAGAAAAAGAUCUCAUCUCAGAAGAUUCUCAACUUCUAUCCCGUGUGGGUGACAAUCAAAGACAAAUUUCAGGCACACAUGAACCAGCUCCCGUCGAUGACGGGCAGCGAUGGCCUAGCUGUGUACUUCUCGUGCACGAAACAUUUCCGGAAAGACUAUGUGGAGGCUUAUACGACGAAUCGGGCCCACCUCAAAGCGUGGCCCGGGAGCAUUUUCGACCUUCAUGCCAAAUACGACAUACUCAGGCAAACAGUCUUUGUGCCAAUGGGACUCUUCAACAUAUCUGUUCCAACAAACAGUUCAGUAUUCGUCAUCCACUCGGCGCGAUACGGUGUUCGGCUAGCGAAGGCUAUGACACAGAUGAUGUACGAGAAAAAUUACUUCUACGACACGGGGAAGAUGUUCCCAGAGAUGGUUUGGAGUCAAAGCACGGCAACGCAGUUUGAAACCAAACGGCAAUGUUUCGUCGAUCAGUACAACCAGAUGAGUGGCACCCCCGCGGUUAGGAACCAGAAACUGGAUGGAGCGUCGGUCUACGAGUCUGUCCUGGAAGAGAGCGCGGCACUUAUCCCGGCUUUUAAGGCAUUUCAUCAACUGCUCAACAUCUUCCGAAUCUGGCAGCGCGAUUUCCGACUCAAAAACGCGGAACAGUUAACAGCCGACAUGCUCUUCUUCAUUUACUACAUGCUGGACAACUGCGCAAAAGAGAACGACGCCUACAUAGAGCAUCAAGUACUUUCCUCAAACAUGGCGCUCACGAAACAGAGGGUCAACUUGGCACUGAAGAACACAAAGUACUUCGCGGACACUUUCCAGUGUGCUGCAAACACACCGAUGAAUCCAUCGAACGUCAGAUGCAAUAUUUGGGACGUUUAAGCAUUGCUGCAAUCCCACCUGGUGCCUCGCUUCCAUGUCGGCCACGUUCAAGACUCGUCCAUUUUAACGUUCUUAGAGGGACAGAAUAAAGUCUCACAGUGGAGAAAACUACA